CAUAGCUAUUUCAGUUUGUAUAAAAAUGCAAUUGACACUGCGAUGUUUGACGUGGCUUUCAGCCAAGCUGUUGGUUCUUUUGAGGCCACUUUUUUGGUACCGCGAUUGCAUAAAACCGGCAAGUAUUCCGCCGUCUACAGACUCAUUGUUUGAUCUCACUGCUUGCGAAUUGGCUAAAAAAAUAAGAUUAGGACAAAUAUCAAGUGAAUCCGUAGUAGAAGCAUACAUCGAGAGAAUAACAGAAAUAAACCCUUAUCUUAACGCAGUAGUAGAUGACCGAUUUGAAGAUGCUUUACGCGAAGCCCGACACUGUGACAAAAUGCUGGAGGCGGGGGUUGUUACACCAAUGCAGCUUCAAUUGGAAAAACCUUUCUACGGAGUCCCGUUCACUGUUAAAGAAAGCUGCAGUCUCAAAGGGCUUAGUUACACAGCAGGUACAUUAGCUCUUUCCGGUGUCAAGGCUGAUGGAGACAGUCUAGUUGUCAAAAAUAUGCGCGAAGCUGGUGCUAUUCCUCUUUGUGUUACAAAUACGCCGGAAUUGUGUUUUGGUUUUGAGUGUACCAAUCCACUUUACGGCACUACUGUUAAUCCGUAUGAUAGAAGAAAGACUGCCGGUGGUUCUUCUGGUGGCGAAGGCGCUUUAUUAGGAGCCGGAGCAUCUAUUAUUGGUGUUGGUUCAGAUCUUUCUGGGUCUAUUAGAAUACCAGCACUAUUCAAUGGUGUUUUUGGGCAUAAACCGACUCCUGGAAUAGUUCCAAUGGAAGAAUAUCUUCCGACGGUAGAAAACAAUGGAUUUUCUCAGUAUGGAACGUUUGGGCCAAUGACUAGAUUUGCAGAAGAUCUUCACAUGGUACUUAAAGUGAUGACGAAAAAUUGCAAGACUAAUUUGCGUCUUGAUGAACCGGUUGACGUCAAAAAACUUCAUGUUUAUUACUUGGAAGAUAUUGAUAAUAAUUUCGGUGUUUCUUCUGUCGAUGAAGAUAUCAGACAAUCUAUUCGACUUGCUGCUCAAUAUUUUGAGUCUUGCGGUGCGAAGAUAAGCAAGCCAGUUAUUGAAGAGUUAAGCGACGGUUGUGAAAUAGGAGCAGUAAAACUUUUCUCUUGGAGUAGUUUACCGCCUAUUUUAAUGCAUCCCGAUGAUCCAAAAAUAAAAGUAAAUCCGUUUUUAGAAUCCAUAAAAGCGAUACUUGGAUGCUCAUCACAUUCAAUUUCAUCUAUUUUUGUGGCGAUUGUUAGGGAAAUGAAUGGAUUUGUACCUGAAUCUCGAUUUUCGCUGUACGAAGAAAAAUAUGAAACAUUGCAAAAAAAACUUUUGACAAUCUUGGAUGAAAAUUCAGUGUUAUUAUUCCCGACUUUUGUUAGCUCAGCUCCAGCAGUCGGUCAAUGUGCUCUGCUGACAAUUUCAGGUGUAUUUUGCAUCCUUUGCAAUAUUCUUCGGCUACCGGCAACGCACGUUCCAAUGGGUUUGAAUAAGCAAGGCUUACCAAUCGGAUUUCAGGUGAUCGCUGCACCUCAUCAAGACAGACUCUGCUUAGCAGUCGCUAAAGAAUUAGAAAAAGCAUUUGGCGGCUGGGUUCCACCGACAAAACUAGAUUAAAAUAUAAUUGAUUAAAGUAUUGUUAAUUUUAAUUACUGUAAUAUAGAUGGUUUGUAAUAAAUGUAGAUAAAUAUGAUUA